CACGCAUAACCGCGAUUCAACAGGGUUGCCUCACUGUUUCUGUUACUCGUUUCUUCUGACAUGACCAAUACAGGAAAAGUGAAAUUUUGUGGUGAAAAAAAAACCUUUCUUAAAGGGAUCCUUUUGCUCGUCGUAACAUCGAAGGCUCGAGCUUAUAGUGAAGAAAGUUUGGAAGGAAAUUCAUCUUUCAGCAAUAGCAAUUGUUCUACAGCUGAUUUUAUUACUUUACAAACAACCACUGAAGAACAAGACAGUGAGAUUGAAAUUAUGGCCGACGUGUUAGUCAAUGAAUCAAACAACGAUGUAAAUACAUCUCACUUGAAAACAUUUAUAAUUACUAGUAACUGGGAAGAUCAAAAUGUAGAGCUAAAAUUUCCGAACACUAAUUUAAAUAACCAAUAUAAAAUAACGAGUCUGAAUCUAGACAAGGGAAUAUUCAUCUUUGAUUUUCUACGAAGAUUCCUGUCUAUCGUACAUCCUUAUGAUCUACCGCCUGAACUAGUAACGGAUACAAUGGAAAACGGUAUCGAUGUGUCGAAACUGAUGACUCAAUUUGUGCACUUAGAAGCAGUACUCAUAGCAGUAAUUGGUCUGUGUUUUAUCUUCUGCUGCAUAUUACCUGCAACUGAACUUUGGCUUGCAUGUCGCCCAAUCAGAGAAGACUACAAACCGACUAAACAUACAGGAGCACUUUCCUUCCUUCUCGCUGUUUCUGUUUGCGUCCUCGGAAUUGGCAUGAUAACAAUCAUAAUAUGUAACGAAGAAGUAUCUGCGAGUGUGAAAAAGUUUCCCACAACAGUUGACGCUGCAUUACAAGAUCUUCAAGACUAUCAUGGCAGCAAUACAGUCCAAUUACGAAAACGUAUUUCAAGAAGCCUAGACAUUGCUAGUGAAGCUGUACUUAAGGACCUUGAUGAUAUAGAAGAGCUAUUAGCCAAACCAAUUCAAAUCGAAUUGUUUGCUGAAACUGGCUUGGAGGUCACACUGGAUGCACUUUUAGAUUUAAUAAAUGGGAGUCAAGAAGUGUCAAAUAAAGUACAAUCAUUGUUAACGAAUGGGGAUAAAGCCAGUAAUCUUGUAAAACGGUUGAAUCGAGAAAUCUACGAUAUAAAUCGAAAUUUAGAAAGUCUGCUGAAAGCAUGUACAGAACAAGACCGUUUGAUCUGUAAUAUCAUUGACUCUUCUGAAUUACAAUUAAUUCUACGUAUCGAUCAGUUUCUGAGAGAUCAUCGUUUAUUACGUUUACAAAGUGUUAAGCAAGAAAAUUUAACGGAAACUGUUCGUCAAACCCGCGGAGAAUUUCUCCAUAUUCCACAAUACAUCGGAAGGAGAACUUUAGAGAUCCGUAAUCAAAUACGACGAGAAAUCAACAGGAUGCGUGCAAAAGUUUUUGAGGAAUCACGAAGCAUGGAAGUAAGCAAUUCUGAUUUCACUAAAAAAUUGGAUUCCACAAGACGCAUAAUGGAUUCUGUCACACCUUAUGUUACUACAUUUGAUCAAAUCAGGUGGUUUGUAGGUCUUGGUACUGUUUUAUCCAUUCUGCUAAUCUGGUUAUUAUUGUUUGGAGCCACGUGUUGCCAGUACAAAUCUGCUCACGAUAAAGUGCGGCCUACUUUAUUAAGUGCUGUUUGUAUCAGUUGCUUCCUCUCGAUUGCAAUUUGGGUAGUUUUUGCUGCAACUUUAGUAGUGUCAAGUCACGCUGAGAUGUUAUUAUGUCGCCCGCUUUAUGAUCCUAAUUAUCGUGUCCUGGAAGCCAUAUUAGAAACGAAAACGUUCGUGGGAAGGAGGCUAAGUGUACCACUAAGGGAUCUUUUUACGAAAUGUCGAGAGAAUGAAGCGGUUUAUCCUAGCAUCGGACUGGGAAACUCAAUGAAAUUAGAACAAUUAACAGCCUAUUGGACUUGGUCCAGAUUCAAUAAAAUCUUGAUAAAGCUUAGAGUCGAAUUGAAGUCUUUAAAAGUAUCCACACCAAACCUUCAACAGCAACUACAGAAUCUACUAUAUGCUUACGGAUUAAAUUUAACUGAACAUAGAAUUAUGAUUCAAGGACCAAUUCUGAAUAAGGAUUUGGAAGCUCUAGCAGACCAGGUAGAAAAAGUAGCUCGACAAAUGCAUGAUAAGUUAACAGCUAGAAGUUUAGAAACCAUUGCAAUGACGAUACAAGAUUUAAGUUUAACAAGGUUAAAACCACUAAUGGUAAUACGGGAUGAAUUAGUAUAUAAACUUGCUGGUCUGGAAUUACAAGUUUCUCAACUUCAACGACAAGUCGAGCAAACAAUUUAUCAUGUUAAGACUACUCAAAUGUAUAUUGAAAAUCAAGGAGAUAAAAUGGCUGAAUUGAAGACGAAGAUAUAUAUUGAGCGAUUAAACAAUUAUUUGGAUCAAUGGAGGUCACAUGUAUUAUCCGAGACACAGAAUGGUGUAUCGAAAUGUCGACCACUUUGGGAGAUUCUCGAAGGAAUUAGGCUUUUACUGUGCAGCCAUUUUUUGGGCAAUAUGUGUGGACAGUGGUUUGCAACGUUUUUAUGUGCUAUUGUUAUGAUGGCCAGUACACCAGCAGCUCAUAUCCUGUCAUUAGUUCAUAGACAACUCCCACCUUUCUCGAUGAAGAAUGACGAUUUACCUAACCGAUCAGAUGUUUCUCAACCUGCUGCCGCUGGAGAUGAUAAUUGGCAUACACCUGAGUAAUUAUACGUUCUAGGAAAUUUUUAACUCAAUCAACAUGUUAUACUAUUAAUGAUAAGAAUAUGUAGAUACAAAUUAUACAAGGAUUUAAGCCAAAAUAAAAAGAACCAUUCACGAGUACUAUUGCAUACUAAAGAUAUUUUAUGUGAACAGUUUUAUCUUGUGUUCAAUACAAACAAGUAAAAGUAGGUGUGGAGAGAGUAACUUUUCGUGUUAGAAGUGUCACUAGAUACACGAUUUAGACACACUUGAUCUAGAGAACUUACUAAACUUUAACGUCUUUUUCUAUCAUAACCAUAUAAUUAAUGUAUUAAACAUAAUAAGAUGUACAUGUACGUUAAAAAUUUCUAAGCCACCUAUACUCAAAUACACACACAUGUUACAUGUGUCUAUGCAUACAUGUUCAAACCAUACCCAUUAAUGUAAAUUACAUGAAAACUGAAAUGAAAACAAAACAAAAUAAAGAUAGCAAAUUAUUUUGCAUACGUAAUAUAAACACAUAUUAUAAAAUUAAU